GCGAAAGCGGUUCGUGCGGUUUGCGCACAGGAUCUUAGAGCGAGGAACAUGUGAGCGGGGAAUGGGAAACUGGAAACUGGAUUACACUUUACAGAAAGACACAGAAGGGGAGCUUUUCAGGAUUUUGACAAGGACUCUGCGCAACGGCGCCUUUCAUCAUUGCGGCUGGACACAGUGGAACGAAGGACUUAUAACCCAAAGAUGAACACAAUAGUGUUUAAUAAGUUAAGUAGCCAGGUUUUAUUCGAGGAGAAGGCGAAUGAGGUCGAGAGAAGCAGUAGAAAUUAUUUAGAGGUGAUAGAUGGACAGCAUCCGGACCUGCUCGCCAGCAGCCAAGUCAUCAAAGACAGCUCAACUAUCCGGCACAGGAGAUCCGGGUCUCGUCAGAAUCCAGGAAAGGUACGGCAUAAACGGCAAGCUCUGCAGGACAUGGCCCGGCCUUUGAAACAGUGGCUCUACAAACACCGGGACAAUCCUUACCCCACAAAAACAGAGAAAAUCCUUCUCGCACUUGGCUCACAAAUGACACUUGUGCAGGUGUCUAACUGGUUUGCAAAUGCUCGACGGCGACUGAAGAACACAGUUAGGCAGCCUGAUUUGAGUUGGGCACUUAGGAUCAAACUCUACAACAAAUAUGUUCAGGGCAAUGCGGAAAGACUGAGCGUGAGCAGCGACGACUCUUGCUCUGACGAUGGUGACCCAGCAGCAUGCACCCAGGUUGGUGAGUUCAACAAGCCAAUGUACCAGAGCGUCAUCAAGAAGGAAGGUGGCGCUGUGGGGGUGGGUCUUCGAGUGGCCAGAGAUGCCUCAUUGUCUGAUGACUAUGUGUCACCACCCAAAUAUAAGAGCAGCCUGUUGCACCGUUACCUUAACGACUCUCUCCGUCACGUAAUGGUGGCCAACGGAGUAAUGGACACACGGAGGAGGAACCACUCAGGCUCCUUCAGCUCUAACGAGUAUGAUGAAGACCUGCUCUCACCUUCGUCUUCAGAGGCAGAAGCCAACUUUAUCUACAGAACGGAGACUGUGGAGCAUGGAUCAAAUAAAUGUGACAGCAGUGGUACACGGAAGGAGAAGGGACAGGGGAAAGACGAGACAUACUGGAGGGAGAUCAAUGCGGCCAUGGCCCUCACUAACCUGGCUCAGCCCAAGGACACAGCCACCUCGGCCACCACCAGCUGCAUCAUCCAGAAAUCUUCGCACAUAGCUGAAAUCAAGACUGUUAAAGUGCCUAUCCUGCACAAAUACUAAUGUACACAAUUCUCCCUCCCUUUCCAUGCACACAUCAACAGAAGAUUUCUCUCUUCAACAUUUGGAAUUCAUUCAUUGUUUUGAAUAUUUUUUAUUACUUUGUUAUACUGAUAAAGAAUCAUGAUUUUUUAUUUUUUUUAUUUGUUCCUUUGUUUUUAUUGUUAUUAUAAGUAUGAUAAAGUGCCCUGAAGUGUAGCACUUAUUUUGUUCAUAUGUUUGUGCAUUUAUUUUGGGUCGCACAAACAUUUUUGAUGUGUUGAUGAAUUGUCAAUAACGACAGUAUUUCUGAACGAGACACUUUUGCAAUGUUAACUUAUUUUGAUAUUAAUCAGAAAUUUGUAUUGUAUCGCACCAAAGUGCCUUCAUGUAUUCUCAAAAGAGAGAUUAAUGAGAAUGUACGGUUAGGCUCUUCUCUGUAUUAAAUAAAACUUAUUUAAAUGACAGGGCAAGACAGGAAAAGGUUAGGAGUGUAUAUCGCAAGCCUCUCACCCUUUUCUUGGCUUUUGUGUCCUCGCUGUGUACAAUUCUGUAUGGGAGUGUAUGGGAGUUGUACAGGAUAAGAUGACCUUAAUGAGAAAUCAGCACAGUCGUUAGUCACAAAGACACGCAUACAAAUGUAAGGCCAAUUCUGCAUGUUUUGUCUUAAUAUCCCAUGUGGCUGUGACUACGACACUGUUUUGUCUCUAAAAUUGAAAACUUCAACUAUCACGUGCCAACAAUAGCCAUGAGCAGAGAGAUAUGUUCAGUCAGCCAACAAUCACUCAGCAAUGUAGAGCUACAGCAAACUCGACUGACCCCGUCAUUACAGUCUCAAUCCAUUUUCACACACUCGUAGCUAUGCACAUUUCUCAGACAAACAAUCAGAGAGUGAGAGAGAAUAUGCAUGAAAGACAGAGACAAUGAAGGUUUUUAUUGAGACAAAGAGAACUGUGGAACUUUAUCAGGGCUAAAUAAAACAUGGUGCCUUGUCACAUUUCUGCUCAGAACAAGGUACUUCAGUGUAAAGCAUAAAUGACUUGGCCAGCCUUAUUUUAGCUGCAUUUUCUCUCAGCUGGUUAGAAUUAUUCUAAAAUUGCUGUUUACAAGAAGUAUGAGAGAUGCUUCUAUGUUAAAAAAAAACAACCAUAGCAGUAUUACCGCAUCUCUGAUUCAGUAAAUGUUCAAACUUUUUUGCAAUCUCUGUUUGUUUGCCCUGCAGUUUUAUCUGUUUUAGUUAUCCGUUUUAGAGUUUUUGGUUUAACCAAGAUGUGUUACUCGGUCUUGUAUUGACUGAAUGGAAAGAACCUUCUUAAAUACUUGUAAACUAUGUUCAAUGCAAAGGUUAUUACAUCAGAACUAUGGAUGCCAAGUACAAAAUUUAGAGAAAUAAAAUGUAACGUUUGAAGUGAGCGCAGCGUUCAGUAACUGUUUACUUGCCUAUGUUGUUUAUCUUAAAAGGUACUGCUUGAAUGCCUGAAUGAACACUUUAUUUGUGCCGUUUGGUCUUUUGUUUGAAAGUCUUCACCCGCUUGUGGUGAGAAAGGCCAAAGAGACUUUUUCUAAAAAGCUGCAUGCAUUUACCCACUGUGCAUAUCUGCAACCCAUUCUUAACUGAAUGCCUGAAACUCAUAAGAAAAAAAGUAUUCAUUAAAACAGCCACUGAGGCAAAAUUAUACAGUACUGUACAUGUCUCUGUCUUCCUGGUCAGCAGAGCAGUGUUGUAAAUGUGUCGUCUUUUCCUAACAAAACUGGGAAGAAUGUACCAUCACAUCUGAUCAGCUUUUCGAAAUCUCAUUUUCUUUUCAUUUUAUCUCUGAUCCAUUCAAAUAACAUGGGAAUUUGAGAUUUCGUUCAGCCUUUGCAGUGAAGAGAGUUUAACUAUAGCCCUGUUUUUCUUUACUGUUUCUUUAAUUCUGUUGCACAAUAUGCGCAAAAGGAUGCUGACAGACAAAACACGUUAUUUUGUGUACACUUAAGAGCAUCUUGAAAUGAUUGAGGACUGUUAAAACAGAAACUUGUAAUAAUAGUAUGUUUUUUGUUAAGUUAUAUUCAUUUUUUAUUUUAGAGACUGGAUGUUUAUCCAAUGAAGGAAUGCAUAAUAUCUCAUUUACUCUCAAAAUUUUCUUUUAAUGUUCAGUUUUUCGCCAGGAACCUUGUUUACUUCUUCAGAACAUUAAAUAAAAAACAU